CAAGACAGAGAUACAAGGUUUUGUUCUACUCUCUCUCAGUGCUCUCUCUCUCUCUCUUUCUCUCAGUUCUGAAAUUCGUGGAGUGAAUCAAUCGCAUGCAAGAGCGAGUGUGAGAGAACCCCAGAAGUUCCAUUAAACGACACCGUUUUCGCUGCUUUCUGUGAUGGAGGAGAAGGGAAUGGAAGCGCGAGGUCGCACCGUUGAAGAGAUUUACGAGGAUUUCAAGGGCCGCAGAGCCGCCAUCAUCAAAGCCCUCACCACCGAUGUUAAAGAUUUCUACAACCAAUGUGAUCCUGAGAAGGAAAAUUUGUGCUUAUAUGGAUUACCUAGUGAGCAGUGGGAAGUGAAUUUGCCUGUUGAAGAGGUUCCUCCGGAGCUUCCUGAGCCUGUGCUGGGCAUUAAUUUUGCUAGGGAUGGCAUGGAAACAAAAGACUGGCUAUCCUUAGUUGCUGUUCAUAGUGAUACAUGGUUACUAUCCCUUGCAUUCUAUUUUGGAACCAGAUUUGGGUUUGACAAAGGUGACAGGAAACGACUAUUCAACAUGAUUAAUGAUCUGCCAACUAUAUUUGAAGUUGUUACUAAUCCAACAAAGAAACCAGUUAAAGAAAAGUCUUCAGUUUCAAACAACAGUGGCAGCAAAUCUAAGUCCAGCUCUAAAGCGCGGGCUGCUGAAACUCAGGGUAGACAGUCAAAAGUAUCACUAUCAAAAGACGAGGAUGAGGGGAUAGAAGAGCAAGAUGACGAUGAACAUGGAGACGCCUUGUGUGGAGCAUGCGGUGACAAUUACGGCACUGAUGAGUUCUGGAUUUGCUGUGACAUCUGUGAGAAGUGGUUCCAUGGCAAGUGUGUGAAGAUCACCCCUGCUAGGGCAGAGCACAUCAAGCAAUACAAGUGCCCAUCAUGCAGUAACAAGAGACCUCGCUAAGCAAGUUUCCAUCAUGGAUAAACUUUAUUUGGAGUCUUUGCUGAUCUAGUAAUUAAUGCUUCUCUUUCUAGAUACAAUUGAUGGAUUAGUUUAUAAGAUUGACUGAUUGAGACAUGUAGAUUUAUUUUCUUGUAUUUAGGAUUUAUGCUGUGUUGGUUCUGUUCUCACCUUCAAGUUAUGUGAUGCCUUUGAUUUAACGGUAGUUGAAGCACUGUUGACUUGGAAAAGUGUAAAGUCUUUUCCUUAGUCUCGCUUAGCUAUGGAAUGAAAGGCUUCAUACCAGUGUAGGAUUGAAACCGUAAUCUUAUGGAAAUGAAAGUUUUCCAUCUUAAUUUUUUA